AUGAUCUACCGUCGUCCUUGGAAGUCAGCUUCCUUACGCCCAUCAUCGCCAGCGCCUUCCGAUGGUGAUGUGAGUGGUGGAAAAGGAGAUGCAAAACCAAGUGAAUCCAAUAAGCGAUCGUUAGCCUUCUUCGUUUUCCUACCAAUUCUGGUGGCCAUUGUCAUUGUUGGCAGUGCCAGUCUACUAGUAAAACUUAUUAUGUCGCCACAACCAAAAGGUUAUGGUGAUAAUAGGGCUGCGAUAUGUGCGAUUCAAAAGGGAGCUCUGAGAUAUCUUGACGAGUGGGUCCAAUACCAUGUAUUGGCUGUGGGUUUUGAAGACAUUUAUUUGUACGACAACUCGGAAAACUUUGAGUUACAAGCUUGGCAUGAAUCAUAUAUUCCAAGGUUGCGACAGCGGAUUCACAUUCAACACUUUCCUGGAGUGAGAAAGCAAAACAAGGCGUAUACGCACUGCAUGAAACAAGUUCAAAACAAAGGAUGGCACGAUUGGAUUGCUUUUAUCGACAUUGACGAGUUUGUGGUAUUGCGAAAUCCAAAGCAAUAUCCUAAGAUUUCAGACUUUCUCGAGACCUUGCCGCCUGAGUACGGUGGUCUAGCUGUCAAUUGGGUAGUCUUUCUAUUGAAUCACCAAAUGCACUACCAAGACUUGCCCGUGACUUUGAGAUUUCAGAAUCGUACAGACGAUGCUACCAACCGACAUAUAAAGACGAUUGCCCGCACAAAAUUCGUCCGCAAAGCGUUGAAUCCACACUAUGUUGCGUAUCGCUUAUUUCAAUGGUGGCUUCAUACUUAUGAUAGCAGGGGGAAUAUUGUCAAGGGGCCCUUCAAUCCGGAAUUGGCCGACGAAGAGAUAGCCGUCUAUCAUUAUCAUAGUAAGUCCAUGGAAGAGUAUAAGGAGCGAUGUUCGCGAGGGCGGGCCACCGUGUCCAAGAAAAUAGCAGAACAACAUUUAGCGUGCCAAUCUGAGGAGAAGAUUCUGGAGAAUCUGCAGGAAAAACCAGAACUAACCAAAGACGAUGCGCCGUGGCAAUUGCUCAAGGAGCGUGUACCAAGCUAUACAAACAAGUACAGUACAUUAUGA